AUGGCCGCCAUCGUCGAAGACGCCCUCGAGCCCUCUCUCCAGUCCCUCCUCGACCAGCGCUCCCUGCGCUGGAUCUUUGUCGGCGGCAAGGGUGGCGUCGGCAAGACCACCACCUCGUGCUCCCUCGCCAUCCAGCUCGCCAAGGUACGCCGCUCCGUCCUCCUCAUCUCGACCGAUCCCGCCCACAACCUCAGCGAUGCCUUCAACCAAAAGUUCGGCAAGGAGGCCCGCCUCAUCGACGGCUUCGACAAUCUGAGCGCCAUGGAGAUUGACCCCAAUGGCAGCAUGCAGGACCUCAUGGCCGGCGGCGAGCCGGGCCAGGGCAACGACGACCUCAACGCCCUCGGCGCCGGCGCCGGCGGCAUGGGCGGCAUGAUGCAGGACCUGGCCUUUGCCAUCCCCGGCAUCGACGAGGCCAUGUCCUUUGCCGAGGUCCUCAAGCAGGUCAAGUCCCUCUCCUACGAGACCAUCAUCUUCGACACCGCCCCGACGGGCCACACCCUCCGCUUCCUGCAGUUCCCCUCGGUCCUCGAAAAGGCCCUCGCCAAGGUCUCCCAGCUCUCGAGCCAGUACGGGCCCCUGCUCAACGGCUUCCUCGGCCAGGGUGGGCAACUGCCCAACGGCCAGAACCUGAGCGAGAUGAUGGAGAAGCUCGAGUCCCUGCGCGAGACCAUUGCCGAGGUCAACACCCAGUUCAAGAACGAGCAGCUCACCACGUUCGUCUGCGUCUGCAUCGCCGAGUUCCUCUCGCUCUACGAGACGGAGCGCAUGAUCCAGGAGCUGACCGGCUACGGCAUCGACACCCACACCAUUGUCGUCAACCAGCUCCUCUUCCCCCGCCAGGACAGCAACUGCGACCAGUGCGGCGCCCGCCGCAAGAUGCAGCGCAAGUACCUCGACCAGUACGAGGAGCUCUACGCCGAGGACUUCAACGUCGUCAAGAUGCCCCUCCUCGUCGAGGAGGUCCGGGGCAAGGAGAAGCUCGAGAGGUUUAGCGAGAUGCUUGUCAAGCCAUACGUGCCCCCGGAGUAG